UAAAGGCGUCCUUCUCGAAGUGUCCCUGGCACUCGGUGACACGUGAAGCCCCUGUCAUUUGUAUUAUGAUCAGUUCUGUGUGGGUUGUAAUUAACACAAGGGCUGUGACGCGUGCAUGGCCGAGAGCCAGACACCAUCCGGUCCAUCUCAGGACUCCAGGCCACCUGACGACGUUCGGAGAAUUAACUGGCCGAAAUGUCGUGCGCAUGUUAACAAACCAGACGAGGACGAUACAGCGCGCAACAUGGGCAGUGGCCAGGAGCUCUCCAUAAUCAGCUGAGUUACGCAGUUGCAGCCCCGCCCCCUGGCUACGUACCGAUGCCGUCGAGCGAAAGCGCCCUUCUUUCCGAUUACGCUGUGCUUGCGCAGCAUCCCGAGGAAGAAGCGCCGUUGGUCUCGGUAUGAGCCAGCGAUGAGAAGCAAAUGAUGGGCGUGUUGCCCGUCGUUGAAAGGGGCCCACGGCGUCCGGCUCCGGAAUCGCAGAGCAUUUUCGUGAAUUUUAGCACGCUUUACAACCGAAGCUGAGCGUAACGUUACGUUGUCCAGAACCUUGCAUAAAAUAUGUUUUCUGUUGCAUGGCAUGCGUUAUGUGAUGUGCUUGAAGGUAGUCGAGUGACCUUGACUAGUAUGAUCCCGCCUUACCGAACGUGACAAAUGGCAAUUUUGAAAUGCAGGGAAUGGUAGCGAAAUCGUGACGCAAACCGCCGGGACAAGGAUACCAUGUUUCAUAUCCCGAAAGAAAUGUUCACGUGCCCCAUUAACAAAUCCCACCGAGUUUCGGGGCUAAAAUACGAGCUGCACACCAUAAGGUGCGCCAAGCAGACGGCCGGUCGUGACGUCAAAUUCUGCCCGUUCAACGGGAAACACAUCGUCGACGUUGCCAAGUUCUGGCAUCACCUGGAGCACUGCCCGGACAAGGACAGGGUGGACCGAUAUGUCAGGCACGCACUGGAAGAGAUGCGAGCCGUGCGGCGGGCGGAGCCGGUGGAGACGGCGCCGGGCCUGCGCUUUUCUGGGCCGGACGAGAGCUGGGACGACUGUGGUGACACGCCGCGGCGUGGCUCCUACGACCCGCAGCUGGCCACCGCCAACAGAGAUAUCUUCAGGUUCCCACAGGGACCGAUGAGCAAGUCUGAGCGUCGCCAGUUUCGCAGCGAGGCAGUGGCUCGUCUGCGUGCCAUACAGCGCGACAAGGCAGCGGCGGCCGAGGCGGCGGCGUCUUCAGCAGCGGCGUCUUCAGCAGCGGCGUCUACGGGCUCGGCGCUGACGCCGCGCCAUCAGCUGGGCAGGGUUAAGUGA